UGGCCUUGCUUAGGCUAUGUUCUUGUAAGUUAAGCCGUACUCCCCCUCGCGUUAUCUAACCGACCUCCCCUAAGUGGUGACAACGUUCUCGUACGCUAGACUUGUGUGUUCCAUGCUACCCCACGUUUCUAUGUACGUUGAUGUGGACGCGGCAUUACGCAAGACUCACCCACUCGUCGGGCUGCGCAAGGGCUUCCGCGUGCCUUCCGAAAUACCUUAGGCAAGACGCCAUCGCCGACCUGCUUGUCGUGCUGCGUUGGAUCAUCCAAUAUACCUUCGCAGUUGAUGAUUAUAUCGAGGAGCGAGCCGAGUCCAGCCACAACGUGCGCUCAGAGACGAGCGCAACUUCGUCCAGCAUAGUCUCAUGAAGCUCACGCCCUCGUUCGACGAUGCCGACGAACAUCCCAUGGACCGAGUCGCGCGUCUAGGGACCUUAAUUAUACAGCCUCCUAGUGCUCUUCCCCCCCUUACGGUCGCUGCACCGUUCGCCCACCUCGCGACAGAUAUCAUAACUCAAUCGUCCCUGCCGAGCGCGCAGUCGCGCUAGGCUGAGGCAAGCGACUUGGUGCUUUGGGCAACCGUCAUGGGCGCGAUUUCGAGUAUGGGGACGAGUGAAAGAGGGUGGGGUCUAGCCACACUGGAUCGGAUGACGCAGCGAUUGAGCAUGAAUAGCUGGGCAGGACUGAAGGAGCGAUUGAAGGUGUUCUUGUGGUUCGAGUAUACCGACGAUGGCGAUGGGUUCAAGCUGUUGAUAGAGUUGGAGGAGACUAGUUUGAAGCCGACGACGCCUGGACUGAAGACUGAUGGUCUGAUGGAAUAUCUGAUUGAGUGAUUUGAUGAUCAAUUCAACACAUGGAGGCACCUGGGUCGAUCAGGGCCGAAAGAUUUCGUUCAAUCAAAAUCGCUCAUUAUCACGGAUUGCAUGCCGGAGAAGCCAGUUGUGGCA